AUGCCUGCACCAAAGACUGAGAAAGAGAUUAGAGGUUUUCUGGGCAGAUUACAGUACAUUAGUCGGUUCAUAGCCAGAUUGACAGACAUAUGUGAGCCUAUCUUUCGUCUUUUGAGGAAGAACCAGCCAACAAUUUGGAAUGAUGACUGUCAGUUUGCAUUUGAGAAGAUCAAGGAGUAUUUGCUUUCUCCUCCUAUUUUAGUGCCUCCUACGCCAGGACGUCCACUUCUUUUAUAUUUGUCAGUUUCAGACAUGGCCUUGGGAUGUAUGUUAGCUCAGAUUGAUGACUUAGGAAAGGAGCGAGCUAUUUACUACCUAAGUAAGAGGAUGUUGGAGUAUGAGAUGAAAUAUGUUAUGAUUGAGCACCUAUGCUUAGCACUAGUUUGGGCUACCAGGAGAUUGAGGCAUUACAUGACAGAGUACUCAGUACAUUUGAUAUCCCGCCUGGACCCGUUGAGAUACUUGUUUGAUAGACCUGCAUUGACUGGUAGAUUGAUGAGAUGGCUUGUGCUUUUGACAGAGUUCGAUAUUCAGUAUGUUUCUCAGAAGUCUAUUAAGGGAAGUAUUGUUGCCGAUCACUUAGCCUCACUACCGACAUCUGAGGACAGACCAGUUGAUGAUGAUUUUCCAGAUGAGGAGUUUGUUGCUAUGACCAGCUUAUCGGGAUGGUGCAUGUACUUCGAUGGUGCAGCCAAUCAGUCAGGGUAUGGGAUUGGUGUUCUAUUGGUAUCCCCUCAGGGCGAUCACAUUCCGAGGCAGAUUCAGGAGGAUUGGAAGACUAGGGACGUGAAGCUUAGGCCAUAUCAUGCUUAUUUAGAGUUGUUGGUUGCGAGAUUUGCCGACUUGAGAUAUGUUCAUCUGCCUAGAGCGCAGAACCGAUUUGCUGACGCCUUAGCUACUUUAGCUUCCUCCGUGGACAUUCCGAUUGAUGUAGUCAUACGUCCAUUACUGAUUGAGUCCAGAUCUGGCACAUACCCUGAGGUAGCCACUACCAAGGAUCGGAGAGCACUGAGGCAUUUGGCUACUAGAUUUGUGAUUUGCGGAGAUACCUUAUACAGGCGAUCAGCUGAUGAUUAUUUCACCAAGUGGGUGGAGGCUGCAUCAUAUGCGAGGUUGACAUCUGCUAGGGUUGCUAGUUUUAUCAGAUCACACAUCAUUUGCCGCUAUGGGGUUCCUCAUGAGCUGAUUUCAGACAGAGGGGUGCACUUCCGAGCUGAGGUAGACACUUUGUUGCAGGAAUUGGAUUAUCCAGAUGAGCAGCAUUUUACGCACCUUGAGGUUUACUUUUAG